GAAACCACGUGUUCAGCCUUUAUAGGAAGCCACAGAACCGAAGCAGCAUUCAGUUUUCUUUGUUACUGUCAUAAAACAAACUUGAGAUUAAUCUGUUUUGACGGUUUUUAGGUGUUCUUAGGUUUGUGGACAUUUUCUGAACAUGUCUUCAUUCAGAAAAGCGCUGAAGUCCCGACAGAAGAACCACCAUGAGAGAUCUCAGCCUGGUUUCAGGAAAACUAUGGGUUUGUUGGAAAAGAAGAAAGACUACAAACUCAGAGCAAAUGACUAUCAUAAGAAACAAAACACCCUGGCUGCUCUGCGAAAGAAAGCAUUGGAGAAAAACCCAGAUGAGUUUUACUUCAACAUGAUCAGCACCAAACUGGAGGAUGGAGUUCAUGUGAUGAAGAAACCUGAGGAGGAGGUGACGGAGGAGCAGAAGAAAUUGAUGAGGUCGCAGGACAUAAGAUAUGUGGAGAUGAAACGGGUUGCAGAGGCCAAGAAAAUAGAGAGGCUGAAAGGAGAGCUCCAUCUUUUGGAUGCAGAGGGCAAACAAAAGAACAAGCACACUUUUUUCGUUGAUUCCAAAAAGGAAGUGCAGACAUUUGACCUGGCCAGCCACCUCAACACUGCUCCAGAGCUGGUGAACCGAGUGUACAACAGACCAACACUGCAUACACUGGAGACCAAGAGCAUCAAAGGAGCCGUGGAGCCAGAAAAUAUAAUGAAGCUGGCCAGACAGAGAAAGCAUCAGUAUAAAAUCCUUUCCCAGAGAAUUGACAGAGAGAAGAAAAUGUUUGUCAUCAGCCAGAAAAUCCAGACCCGGAAAGAUCUGCAGGACAAAAACAAAAAAGUGAAGGUGAAAAAGGAGACACAGCUUACUGCAGCUAUUUACAAGUUUGAGUCCAAGAGGAAACGCUAAGGAAGGACUAUUUGGAAGGCUGAGGACAACCUGAGUUUUGGGAUAGGACACCUACAAAAUAAUAAACUCAAAUUGAUCCCAGCAGUUGCAGGUGAUUGUGAUUCUUUUCCACUGAAUUGUUUCAGUGGUGCUGUUUUGUGCAUUUUAGUUUUUUUUCAAAUAAACUUGCUUAUUGAUUUGUCUCCUUCA